CUCUGCGCCUGCAGAAGCGACUGCGAAGGGGGCGCGUCCUGCCCAGCGGGCCGCCUCCUCCCGCCCCCCACGCCGGGGUCCCCUCCGCCUUGUCUUUGCCCUCUCCAAGUCGCCACCUCGGGAGUGAGCCAUGGUUGCGGCUGUGGCAACGGCGUGGCUGCUCCUGUGGGCCGCGGCCUGCGUGCAAUCCGAGCAGGACUUCUACGACUUCAAGGCGGUCAACAUCCGGGGCAAGCUGGUGUCGCUGGAGAAGUACCGUGGCUCGGUUUCCUUGGUGGUGAACGUAGCUAGCGAAUGUGGCUUCACAGACCAGAACUACCGAGCCUUGCAGCAGCUGCAGCGGGACCUGGGCCCCCAUCAUUUUAAUGUGCUUGCCUUCCCUUGCAACCAGUUUGGACAACAGGAACCAGACACCAACAGGGAGAUUGAGAACUUUGCCCGCCGCACCUACAGUGUCUCUUUUCCCAUGUUUAGCAAGAUCGCAGUCACUGGCACUGGUGCCCACCCUGCCUUCAAAUACCUAACCCAGACUUCUGGGAAGGAGCCCACCUGGAACUUCUGGAAGUACCUAGUAGACCCAGAUGGAAAAGUGGUGGGGGCAUGGGACCCCACUGUGCCAGUGAAGGAGAUCAAGCCCCAUAUUACAGAGCAGGUGAUGAAGCUCAUCCUUCGGAAACGAGAAGACUUGUGACCGGGUCCCCCUGAAAUCCCCAUCCCUCAGCAAACUCAAGUGGUGCUUCACCGGCAGAGAGCCAACGCUUCUCUUCCCAUCACUCCUCAGAGGACAAAGCCUAAGACUUGGAUGAUUUGAAUCCAAGAGCAAGGAACAGGAACUGCUGGCCAAUGAGAGUUCUUAACAGCACAUCCCCAGCCAGUGGGCCUCUAGCCAAAGGAAACAUGGCAAGACUAUGAAGAAAACAUGUAGAUGGAUAUGAGACAAUCCUUUCCCUAGCCAGGCCAAGUCUUACCUCACAGGGAAGCUUUGAGGAUUAGCAUCUAAUACCCAUGAACGUGCCUGGGGCAGUGCUAGCCAAAGGGGAAGCACUCUGCCCAGUUUUCUACAUGUAAACAAACAUUAUUUGUGAUAAUAAAACCCAAGCUCGACAUAAAUGUCUAGCCCAUGGAACCCUGGGC